AUACGCCACUGACUGUCGCCGCUGCAGUCAGAUAGCUAUAAAUACAAACGGUACAUAUAAACUGUACAACUGUACAUUCGCCCCAUAUCAGGUUCAACGUCAGGAGUCUCAGUCGGGUCAAGCGAUUCUCUGUUGGAGAAGCAGAAUACACAGGACUGGCGUAGUUCGAUCUGUGUAUUGAAGCGUGAAGAGAAACAAUAUAUCCAGAAAACAGAUAAUACUAUCUGCUGAUCGAACCGACUGUCAGUAUGGACAGCGUGUGAAUGUUUGUCCGGCAAACUGUUAAAGACGGUAGAUAAACAAGUGAAGAUUAGAGACAGUUUACCGCUAAUCAGAGGCGGACGAGCACUUAUAUUGUGCCCGACGUGUUUCAGGAGUCAGCGAGAGUGCAGGAGAUACAGGAGAAGUGAGGUGGUUGUAGGCGAGGGUUUGAUUACAGUUUCUCCUUAUAGCUUGUGAGAGCUGACUUCAGUCGACCAGUUGCUGCCAGCCCGCUUCAGCAACUCGUCGCUCCACCGCUCACUCCGGCAUGUGGCCGACAGAUGGGGUAACCACGUUCUGAGCGAGAGGAGUCUCGGAGCUUUUACUUCAAGUGAAAAUAUCGUGUUAUUUCCCUCCUGGAUAUUGUGGACACUGUUCAUUUGGAAAAGCCGUCGUCAUGAACGGGGAUACUGCUUCACCACCUGUACAAAGGUCAACGCGAUUCGCGGCAGCUAAACGUAAGAAACAACGAGGGAAGAGAGCCCGGUCGGAUGGCUUUGUUCUUGGGCUGGAUCUUGCCAAUUCGGAUGAUGAAGAUGAUAGUUCUAAACUGGAUUCCGAUUCUCUGCAGUUCCUUCUGUGGAUACGGAACCCUACUGUCCAAAACUUGGCCAAACUUCGGAAGGCUAUUAAGUCAAAUGACCGAGACUGGAUGCGUGAGUUUCUGGAGUUUGAUGGAUUAGGGCUGUUAUUCCAGUGUCUCAAAAACCUGUCCAGUUAUAAGGGGGUCAGUUUGUCCGACAUGGUGCUACGGAUGGAGUGUGCCAUGUGUGUCCGGGAAGUGGUCAACUCCCAGAGUGGCCUCGACUGUCUCCUCCAACUCAAGGGAAAGAAGGACAAUAUAUUCGGCCGGAGAUUGGCUGCAGCUCUAGAGACGAACAACGUGAUGGUGAAGCUGCAGAUCUUCGAACUGCUGUCGGCGCUGUGUGUGUACUCGAGGGAUGGCUACGACCUGACUCUGGACGCCCUCGAGAGAUACAAGGCGUGGCAGAAGCUGCCGUACCGGUUCAGCUUGUUGGUUAACGAGCUGAAGAGAGCAGACCUGACAAGUUACCGCAUCAGCGUCAUCGCCCUCAUCAACUCCAUCAUUGUCGCCAACGAGAACAUCAGGGACAGAGUUAGGAUCAGGAACGACUUCGUCUCCCUCAACAUCCUCGACGUCAUCAACACCAUUCGCGCCGACGAGGACGAGGACCUCCACGUCCAGUGUGAUGUGUUUGAGGAAGAGCUGACUGCUGAUGCUGAAGCCCUCGAGGAGAUGAACAACACCACUGUCGACCUCAGAAAGCACGACGACCUGUUCAAGGCUGUCUACAAUAAGGUGCAGGACACGCCCCUCGGUGCUUCCCUACUGGCGAUCCUAUACAGCCUAUACCAGAUAGACCACACAUCACCACAGAGUGAGGCCACGUGGAUCCUUGCAGAGAAGCUUGUUACCCAAGCCGUUGAAAAUGCAGUCGAGGCCGAGGCUCUGUUGGCGGGAGGAACGCUCAAGUCCGCCGGCAAGAAAUGUGACAAGGAAGUACAGACAGAGGAAGUAAUCUCAUCCCGAGGUCUCCAGCGGAGAAGUGCAAUACUCAGACAGCAGCAUGUCGACAGCCAGUCCGGACCCCCACCGGCCUCUACUCCACCCACCGGGGCUAUACCGCCACCACCUCCACCCCCUGGAGGUAUACCCCACCCCCACCACCUCCACCUGGAGGAGCACCGCCACCCCCCCCCACCGCCUCCACCACCCCCAGGUGGUGCGCCUCCACCUCCUCCUCCUCCACCACCACCUGGCGGGGCCCCUCCACCGCCUCCACUCCCAGGGGGUGCACCUCCUCCUCCCCCACCCCCUCCAGGUGGUCCACCUGCACCACCACCACCCCCUGGUAUGCCAGGAGUUCCUCCACCUCUACCUGCGUCAAAUGUAUCCCGACAGAAUCUUGCUCCAAUUCCUCAGGUCGACCUCAUCAAAACUCCUGAACCGCAGUGCAAGAUGAAGACUCUUGCCUGGAACAAGUUGACUCCCGCAAGUGUACCAAAGACCAGCAUCUGGGGCGAUGUGUCCAAGAUGAAGGACCAGGUUCCUGUAGAAUACAGCAAGCUCGAGGAACUGUUCGCACAGAAGACCUUCACCUCUCAAAACUCAACCUCUGACCUCAAGCCGGAGGACAAGGUCAUCAUGAGAAGGCCGUCCACAAGCUUAGAGAUAACUCUCCUUGAUCCUAAAAGAAGUAUGAACGUCAACAUCUUCCUCAAGCAGUUCCGGAAGUCCAACGACGCCAUUAUUGAUCUCGUCAAGAAAUGUGACUCUCGAGCGUUUGGGUCUGAGAAACUAAAAGGUCUGCUGAAAAUACUCCCGUCUCAGGAUGAGAUCGACACCAUCCAGCACUUCGAGGGCGACAUCACACGCCUUGGUAGCGCUGAGAAGUUCUUCCAUCAGCUGGUCAACGUGUCCGACUACAAGGUGCGUGUCGAGGGGAUGCUGCUCAAGGCGGACUUCAACUCCCAUCUGGGCGGCAUCAGGCCCAACAUCCAGCUUCUCAACUCCAUCUGUCGCAGCCUCAUCGACAACAAGUCCCUCAAGAGCUUCCUUCGUUACGUCCUCCACGCCGGCAACUUCAUCAACAAUAAGAGCAACUCUGGUAACGCCGUGGCCUUCCGAAUAAGUUCCCUCAACAAGUUGGUGAUGACGAAGUCGCACGUUCCGCGGAUGACGUUGUUACAUUUCAUCGUGGAGGAGGUUGCGCAGAAAAACAAAGACUCUCUAAAGUUUGUGGAUGAUUUACUUGAGAAUCUACAAAAAUCUUCAAGGUUCAGUCUUACCACCUUAAAGGCAGAGUUCAACCAGAUCAAGAUCGGCAUUAAGAAACUACAGAGGCAACUGGAAGAUGUGGAUGAAGAGGUCAAAUCCAAGUUCAAGGUCUUCCUAGAGGAGGCGGAGUCCGACCUGGGCGAUGUGGAGGAGGGUCUCGACCGCCUCACUAAACUAUCAGUGAGGCUGGCCAACCACUUCUGUGAAAACGAGAAGACGUUUCAGCUGGACGAGUUCCUGCAAUCCUUCCGCGAGUUUUGUGACAUGGUCAAGCAGACUGAGCAGGAGCUGGAGACGAGGAAGUUGCAGGCCGAAAGGGCGGAGAAGAGGAAGAAGGCGCAGCAAGAAAUGGUCGACAGAAGGAGAAGUGGUACACGAGAGGGUUCCGUGGAUGAGAAGAAGAAGAUUGUGGACGAUCUCGUCAACGAAAUCAGACGCGGCAAAGUGCUUAGGAGGUUGUCCCUCAAACGUAAAACCAACAUGGCCAUCACAGCCAUCGAGACAAGCCAGUUGUAGCAUAAUCUGUAUUCCCGCUUGUGCGUCUGUGUAGGGUCACCACGUGACAUCUGAUAAGACCAUAUAUGGGAAGAGGCUGUCACGUGUCUCGACCAGGCAUGAACCUGUCUCUCUAAAACAUAAAGGAUUAGAUCUCAGAUGUCAACAACGAGAUGGUUCUUGUGAGCUGCAGGUAUUAGCGAAAUUUCCAGGUCAAGUGUGAACACGAUUUCCGUCUGUCUGUGUGUCCCCUUUAAUCGCCAUCUUGUCAUCGUGAGCGUUUCAGGAUACGAGCAUUCUCCGAUUCAACCAACAGCAGCAUUGUCCGUCAGCAUUGAAUUUGUCCAAGAAUUAUUAAAAUCUCCAAGGGCAAGUUCAAUUGUCCUAAGAUCAAUCUAUAUUACAUAAUCUUCUAGUCCAAAAUGAAGGAUAGCCUCGCUGGAUUUGACCAAUGAGGUCUACCCGUGGCAAUACUUCAAGGAUACGCCGGCGAUUCUACAAAGACCUCAUCAGAUGGCAAGAUUCAAGAGAACGCCGCACUCAUCCAAACUCUGCUUCACUUGUAAUUUUGACAACACCGAUGUUAGUCUCAUAGUUUAAAGCCAGCCGAUCCCGAUACAAUGUACUUCAAUCUGCCCAUCGAUGUUCCUUCUGCAAGAUACUUAAAAUGCAUGUUCCUCAAUGAGCCUGAUAAUAAUAGUAUCACCCUUACCAGCUUGACUGUGCUAGGACCGCCCAGCCUCCUUCUGUUGCAUUUUAUUUUAUUCUGUAGAACAUAAUAAUAAAUAAUAUAUUUAGCGCUGUAUACGUAUUGUGCAAGUAAGUGCUUAUACAUUAAUAACUUGAUCAAAUGAUCAGUGUGCUUUCAAUGUUCACUGACACCUGGUUGGGGGUUAUAAGGGUCCCAUCAUAAUCGCCAGAUUAUCAUGAAGUCAUAAUAUGUGUGGUUGUUGGCGAUGGAAGUCACCCACAGCGUUCAGCAAUGGGUGAUUAAUCAAAUAAAAAAAAUAAUAAAAUACCGUUAGGUGUCGGUAUCGUGUCUCCCUGCCCGGCCCACGUGUCCGCGACGUGCACUACGUCUUUACAACGAUAGGGAGUAGAUAACAACACAGAGAAAUAUCGAAGCUAUAUUGCCCAAUAUAACCCCAGUCGAUGUAUAUAAGUUGAUUAUGCAUUGCGGAUAUACAUAUUACUAACAUUGAAGUCAAUUCACAGGUUGGAUCCAUUCGGAUUGAUUAUAUAGGGCACACCAAUGAUAUUCUCCAGAAUUUAGAAAUGGGUAAUAUGUUAAUGGAAUAUUGGUUCUCUCCCAAUUCCAAUUAGCUCAGAUAAUAAUGUACAACACUCUAUACCUUAUUGUAAACAUGUACACGUACUUGGGCUCAAAUCAAAACUGAAAAACUCUAGUGUAUGCCAGUAAAGCGAUGUUAACUGUAUGUAGGCCAUUUUCUGUUUUCAAGUGUAUUUUUUUCUCCAUUCUAGUUUCGUUAUGCAACAAAUAAUAUAAUGUAAAUAUUACAGUUCGUAAAUGGGCUUCACCAGCUAUCUCUUUGCUACAAGUGAAUGUUAUUACAUAUUUCAAUUAUAUAUUUUUAUAAGCUGAAAUGAGAACUAAAAAAUGGAAUUAAUUCUAAUCAUGAAAAUUCUCUUGCACAAACAUAGCCACCGUUAGUAUAAAAGGUUCUAAAUUUUGAUGUAACAAUGGAUGUCUUCAUUCUGUUUGUUUGCAGGGGGGUGGGAUAGCCUAGUGGUUAAAGCGUUGGCUCGUCACGCCGAAGACCCGGGUUCGAAUCCCCACAUGGGUACAAUGUGUGAAGCCCAUUUCUGGUUUCCCCCGCCGUG